UGAGAAACACAUCGUGUCAGCAAUUUCGAUUUACUUUGCAAUUAUUAAAAUUAGUUUGUCUGGUCAGCAUUUCAACGCUGUUUAGCAUUUAUCGUUUGUUAUCAUUACACCAUCAAUGUGCUGGUAUCGAAAACUGUGCGGCCUCUGACCAGUAGCGAACAACCGUGAUUUUACAACUGUGUGACAGCGAACAAGCGCGGUCGUCAUCGUUUACCCAACACAUUCUUGUUUUCCGUAUUUUGUGAUAAGAUAAGCAUUAUUAUUUUCUGCCACACCAUCGCAAGUUAUAGAGAGCGCAGCGCAGUUACAGUGUUCCAGAGAAAUGACUCAGGCUGCUCACAUACGAGUUUCUUCGGUCGAAUAGAACAAACUGUCCGGACUGUCCAGCAUUUCAGUGGCCAUUCUAUUGCUUCAGUUGAUCCCAGUACAUAGCCGACGCACAUACCUGUAGUCAUGCCUCUUAAUAUACUAGUAACCGGCGGAGCCGGAUUCGUGGGUUCGCAUACAGUGCUGGAAUUGCUUGCCGCCGGACAUCAGGUCAUUUGUGUGGACAAUUUGUGCAACGCCUACGGGGCGGCCGGCUCCAAGCUGCCGGAAUCGCUGAAACGGGUUCAGGAGCUUGCGGGAAAAACCGUCAUCUUUUACGACGUGGACAUUCGCGAUAAGGAUGCACUGAGGGAAAUUUUCAAAAAGCACAAAAUUGAUUGUGUGGCACACUUUGCGGCACUGAAAGCGGUUGGAGAAUCAUGUCGAAUUCCUUUGCAGUACUAUCAGAACAAUAUAACCGGUACUAGCGUUCUGCUCGAGGUCAUGGAGGAGAGCAGCGUGUUCAGCUUCGUGUACAGCUCGAGUGCCACCGUUUACGGUGAACCGCAAAAACUGCCACUGAACGAAACCCACCCGACGGGAAACUGCACCAAUCCGUACGGUAAGAGCAAGUACUUCACGGAGGAAAUCCUAAAGGACCUUUGCCAAUCGGAUACCCGCUGGUCGGUAAUAUCUUUGCGCUAUUUUAACCCCGUUGGGGCGCACAAGUCCGGCCGCAUCGGAGAGGAUCCGAACGGGGAGCCGAACAACUUGAUGCCAUACAUUUCGCAGGUGGCCGUCGGACGGAGGCCCUGCCUGAAGGUGUUUGGCAAUAACUACGAUACGCCGGACGGAACGGGAGUGCGAGACUAUAUCCACAUCGUGGAUCUGGCCGAAGGACAUGUCAGUGCCAUCCAAAAGUUGUCCAGCGGUGAGUUGAAGGGUUUUGUUGUGUACAAUUUGGGCACCGGACGGGGGUACUCGGUACUAGAGGUGGUGGAUGCAUUUGCUAAAGCUUCAGGCAAGAAAAUUUCGUACGAAAUCGUAGAUAGACGUCCCGGUGACGUAGCGACCAGCUAUGCUGAUGUUACGCUAGCCGCGAAGGAACUCGGCUGGACUGCGAAACGUGGACUAAAGGAAAUGUGCGAAGACACAUGGAACUGGCAAAAGUCGAACCCGAACGGGUUCGCCGGAUCUCGGUAAAUCAUCAGCGGGUAUGAGCAAAACGAAGUAAGAUUUCUACCAAUUGCGUUUAAUCAAGAGGCCAUUUAUUCCAAAGCUACGUUUUAUGUUUUAUGAAAUACCUACCAUAGAUAGCAAAAUAAUACUGCACAUCCAACAGAUACUGUUAUAGGACCAAAUAAACAUAUUUAAUUACAAGGG